AUGGCUUCGAAAUGCGUACGGAAAUUGUACGACACACCCAGAUGUUCACCAGGAAGAUAUCAGUGUCAUUGUGCUGAAGGGUGUAAAGGAAAUAUCGAAGAGUUCGAGUGUGGCUCGUGUGAAAAUGGCUAUUACGGACGUUUCUGUCAAAAUGAAAACGUGGCUCUGAACAAAACAGCUCACCAGUCUACAUCUUGUCCUGGUUAUGAAGGUGAAGCGUGGCUAGCUGUGGACGGUGACAAUCGUACGGAUUUUAUUGAUCAAGCUCCUUUCCACUGCACUUGCUCACAAGACGAUCCACGAUUCUGGGAAGUUGACUUGGAUCAGUGGAGACUAUUUGGAUUUUAUAUUGAAGCUGACGGACACGAGUGCUAUCGAUGGCCAAAUAUGUCUCAUCCUCCGACUAUAUUUGAAGUAAACUGUAUCCAACAAGGUCGACGUCUUACCUUCAGACUACCUUCUAACAACACUGACGUUCUUACUUUGUGUGAAAUUCAAGUCUUUGACGUUGAGUUGAAGUGCAACGUCACGCUGCGAGUUCCCAGAUUCGAGCAUCCCUAUGACUCCCCAUCUGUCGUUUUCACUGAGGCGUGGUAUGACGAAUCUUGUGGACUUCUAAAAGCUGCACAGAUGUGUACAGAUUUCUGGUAUGGCGCUGACUGUGUCAAGACGUGUAACUGUAGAGAUCAGACUGAAGUGUGUGACAAGAAGACAGGAAAGUGUACAGCUUGUCUAGAUGGGUGGAAUGGUACAGCAUGUGAUAUCGCAUCGAGUGACGACGGAAAUGUUGUUGGUGCUGCUGUCGGUGCCACUGUACCUGUAGUGUUCAUUGUUACAGCCACAGCACUGGCUGUGUUCUUUUGGAGAAGACGCAAAAAUGCAGGCAGUCGAGACAAAGAUGACUACGCUCCUGAGGAAGCGUUGGCACCAAAACCUAAGGAAGGCAAAAUACCCACCAAUGCGAGACUAGGAGAGACUAUUGUGAAUACAAAUAGUGAAGUUGAAGUUGAUGAUGACCAUGAUGAAUUUAGUCAUCCUCGUCAGUCAACACUUGUGACAGACAAUGUAUAUGUUAACUACACUGACAGUGAAAUACCGAUGGAAAGACUGCAUUCCUAUAUCCAGUAUAAGACAGAAGAGAACUUCAAAGAGGAGUUUGAUCUGCUUCCUUAUGGUUUACAAGUCCCCCACGAAGUUGGAAAGUAUCCCAUCAAUAGAAAGAAAAACAGAUAUCGAACCACUUUCCCGUAUGAUCAUUCGCGUGUGAAACUGAAGGUGACGGAAGCAGUAAAAUCGGAUUACAUUAAUGCUAAUUACAUAGAUGGUUACAAGAAGGAAAACGCCUAUAUAGCCACUCAAGGUCCCGUACCGCUCACAACAGAUGAUUUCUGGAGAAUGAUAUGGGAACAAGGCGUCAACAAAAUGGUGAUGUUAUCAAAUCUGGUGGAAGAUGGAAAGACAAAGUGUGAACAGUACUGGCCAGAACUGAAUUCCGUGAAAACGACAGGCGAACUGAAGGUGAAGAACGUUAAUGUGUUCGAGAGAUCUGACUACACCAUCAGACAGUUUCUUAUUGACACUGAUCAGAGCAAAAGGACCCAUAUCGUGAAGAUGUUUCACUUCACCACGUGGCCUGACCAUGGUGUACCUUCUGCUCCAGCUCUCCUGGGGUUUUGGAAACAAGUGAAGAAGGAAACAGAAUCAAGUGGCCCAGUUUUAGUUCACUGCAGCGCUGGUAUUGGAAGAACUGGAACAUUUAUUGGUCUUGAUUAUCUCGUGGAUGAAGCCAAAGACACCAAAGUGGUCAACAUUUUCCAAUGCGUUAGAAAGAUGCGAGACAACAGAGUUAAUAUGGUGCAGACACUGGAACAGUACCAAUUUCUUCAUGAAGUUCUUCUAGAGGCGAUUUCUUCCAUGGACACGUUCUACACUGUAGACUCUUUGAAUGACGUUUUCUUUAGCGGGAAAGCAAAACCGUCUGACGAGAAACGCCGUUUGCAGCAGGAGUUCAAUAAUCUCCAACGUCUGAAAACGCCAGUUUCCCAGACAGACAUCGACACAGCUAUGACACCUGAAAACAAGCUGAAAAACCGCCGCCUGUCUGUUGUACCAGUUUCUUAUAAUCGACUCUACCUGUGUACCCCAGUCCUAGGAACAAACGAUUACAUCAACGCCGUAACUUUUCCAAGUUCCUCGUACAAGACUGGUUUCGUGGUCACACAGCUGCCUCUGGAGCACACGGUGAUAGAUUUCUGGAGAAUGGUUUACGAGCAGAACUCCCACACCAUUGUGUCUUUAACUGGUGACGAAAGAGCACAGGUGGAAAAGGAUACCAAAUUCUGGCCCGGAAGUGGUGAAUCCGUGACUAUUGGACCAAUUACCAUUGAUAACCAAUCAACAGUGAAGUCCAGCGGUGGAAUCAUGGAGACCAGCCUCACUUUAACAAAAGAGACGAGUUACGAGAAUGAGGACAAAAAGACAUUGCAGUUGUUUACGUUGAAUAACUGGUCUGCUGACGGUGGUCUCCCUUCAGAUAAAUAUGAAUUGUUACUAUUUCUGGACAAACUCCAACGUCGUCGUGAUGAUAUUGAUAACUCUCCAAUCAUAGUACAGUGCAUAGAUGGUGCAAAAUAUAGUGGGCUGUUCUGUGUUUUGUCAAACAUCAUUGAGAAGCUAAAACUCGACAAAGACGUUGACGUAUUCGUCACUCUUCGAGAACUGCAGUGUAUUCGACCACAGAUUGUCGAGACCUUUGAACAAUAUAAGUAUUGCUAUGAAGUUGUCAAAGAAUACCUGAGGAGUCUGGAAAUUUACACCAACCUAUGA